AUGUGCUAUUUUGACCAGACUCGGUGGUCAUGCGGCUACUGGCGUUGGGGCCACUUCCGUCAGCAAUGCAACAAGGAGUAUCGGAUGGGCGAGACGUGCGGCCUAAAGCUCGUCUAUGAGACAAAGACGGAAGAUGACGUGUGUAAACUCUGCCACGAUACCGAGAAGAAGCAGCGCCGCUAUGACAAGAUGUACCGCGACGUCCAGCGCUGGCAGCGAGAGGGGAACCGAAAUGCCACGAUCGAGCGAACGUGCGGUGAGAUGCACGACGUACUUGGUCAGAUCUAUCGUAUGAGGGAGGAGCACGGUCACAGGCUACAAUCGCUUGGUCAGGUGAGUUUGGAGCAUGUUUUCUUUUGCGUUCCUAUCCUUCUCAUCCACUCCCUUUAA